CCUAGAAGUUGCGCGUGCGCUGUGCGUCGGGGGGCGCCCUCUGCGACCCAGAUGCUUCUAGGCGGGUCUCCUCGCGGGCGUUGCUUGUCCUUUCGGGUCGGAACCGGGGCUGGGGGCUCCUGCCGGCUCUUAUGGGCGAAGCGCUUCGGCCUCUGCAGGGCCUUAAAGGGGGUCGGCCGGGGGUGGCUGGAGACGCCCGCCCAGAAGCUGCCCCGGGGGCGCUUCGGGACAGGCUCCCCCAGCCACGCGGCGGGACAGCCCGGCGGGGUUGCCGAGGCGCUGCUGGAGCUCUGCGAGAGGCGGCGCUUCCUCCGAAGGGGGCCGCCGCCCCAGCACCGCACCUGGGCCUCUCACCUGCAGGGCGGCGGCCCGGGCUUUGGCCCGCUGGGCGUGGAGCUGAGGAGGAACCUGGCCGCUGAGUGGCGACGCUCCGUCGUGGUGUUCAGGGAACGGGUGUUCGCGGUGGAGGCCCCGGUGCAUCGCCCGGCCGAGGCCGCGGGGGCGCCGGCAGGGCGGGCCGCCCUCAGAGUGCUGCCCUCGGAAGCCCUUUGGGAGAUUGUGGAAAGCGAAGACUUCGGCCAGCAGGAGCGGUUGGGCUCCCUGAAGAAGGCGCUGGAGGCCUCGGGGGUGCUGCGGGACAGCCUGCUUCAGGGUGCCUUAGAACAAUAUGUUGAUUGCCUGGAAUUGGCAAACAAGAGGCUGCCUUUUGGAACUGCUCAGAUUGGUGUAUGUUUCCACUCAGUUAGAAAUAAUGAAGAAGAGAAUUGUGUGAGAACAGGUGAAAGGACAAUGGCCUCCCUCGUGUGGUACAGCUCUGCCAGAACCGCAGGACAGUGGCUAGAUUACUGGUUACGUCAGCGUCUUCAGUGGUGGAGAAAGUUGGCAAUAAGCCCUUCCAAUUUCAGCAGCAGUGACUAUAAUGGGAAAGAAGGCAGAAGAGGAAGCAAUAUUUAUUACAGCUUUCCUUGGGGGAAAGAACUGAUAGAAACAUUGUGGAAUUUAGGAGAUAAUGAGCUGCUGCAAAUGUAUCCUGGAAAAGCAUCUCAGCUACAUGGCCGAGAUGGCAGGAAGAAUGCUAUUCCUCAUAUCCUGUAUGUGAAUGGCAAUCUAGACUAUGGAGUGCUAGCAUAUCUCUGUGACUGUAUGCAGCUGACUGAAAAUACUUUACCAAGAAAGAAGGCUAUCCAGAGAGAGGUGCUCAAGCUUCACCCAUGUUUAACACCAAUCAAAGUUGCUUUGGAUGUGGGAAGAGGCCCAACCACAGAACUGAGGCAGGUGUGUCAGGGAUUGUUCAAUGAGCUUUUAGAAAACGGGAUUUCUGUUUGGCCUGGAUAUCUUGAAACCAUGCAGUCAUCACUGGAGCAGCUGUAUUCAAAGUAUGACGAAAUGAGUGUCCUCUUCACAAUCCUGGUCAGUGAUGCUACGCUAGAGAAUGGCGUGGUCCAGCUGAGGAGCAGAGACACCACAAUGAAAGAGAUGAUGCAUAUAUCUAGAUUAAAAGACUUUUUAAUCAAGUACAUUUCAGCAGCUAAAAACAUGUGACAGUUAUAAUAAAGAGAAUUUUGUAUCUUCCUGUCCGGAUGCAUUUUAGAAAAUCCUUUGAAGUUGCCAAUGAACUUCAGAAACCAUGACUUCCAAGUACCAUGCUGCGUUCAGUAGUGGUGCAUUUUUAUACAAAGUGAGAUGGAACAACAGAUAAAACCGUUCCACUGGAGAGCCACAACUUUGAGCUCAACCAAAGGAUGUACAAGCAUAUCUGAGUAAGUUGUAUUGAUACCCAGUCUAAGCUCUUUCUGCUUUGGGAAGGACUGCAGUAAUUAUAAAUUAAUUGCCUUUUCUGAUGGAAAGGAUAGCACAUGUUUAUGCGGUAGUGUUCAUUUUCUGCCCAACAAAUUGGAAAACCAUCAUCAUCAACAAGAAUAAUAACUGUGCUCACAUACCGCUCUUCUAGACAGAUUUGUGCCUCACCCAGAGCGGUGAACAAGUUAGUGUUGUUAUUAUCCCCACAAUACAGCUGGGGAGCUGGGGCUGAGAGGAGGGGCUUACCCAAGGCCACCUACUGAGUGGGAUUCGAACCAGUAGAGUGCUGAUUCACAGCUGAACCACUUAACCACUGUACUACAGCAGUGGUACAAUCACUGUCAUUUGAAGAAGGGCAGUGUUAAAGUUGCAGUUAGCCAAAUUAGUUUUCUUUCCCAUUUCGGAGUCAACAUAAAUAAAUGGCAUCCCCAUCACUGUCAAUAUGUGCCUGUUAAGAAUGCCCUCAGGCCAUAAAUGUAAUGAUGUUGCGUCAUAUUUGAAUCAUGGGGGCUGUGAAGGCUAAUAACAAAUGGUAGGUGGAAUAAAAUCAUUGUCCCAUGGCUUGACUUCUGUCUCAGUCUUGUGUGGUUUGUAUAAAAAUUGAACAUCAAAAAGGAGACACUUUGCACAGACAUAUGUGCAGGUAGUAAUGAACUUGCAAAAAAGUUCACCUGCUCUUUAUCAUGCCCUCUUGUGUUGUCUUGUCAUGACAACACUGUGCCAAGUCAGGGUUACGUAAAGGGAUUCUUUUUUUAUCAAUCUGAUGAAUGUAAAAUAUGUGACGGUUUUUCUGUGAGUCAGAUUCAGCUCAGCAAUCAGUACAUUCCUAUCGUCUGAGUAAUCUAAUGGAAAUGGAUCGUCUGUGAAGGAUGUAGAUGG